AUGACAGACUUCAUUGUUGAUGAGAUUGAGAUAUUAGGUCCAGAGUUUUACUAUUAUGAGGUGGAAGAUGGCGUGCUGAAGCAACACGUUAAAAUCGAUCAUCUCUUUACCGUGGCCAAUCUUGUCUUCGGCCCAACCCGAUGGUCCCAUAAGGUUGAACGAGUGGGAACGAGAGACUUACCAUCGAAAUCUGGGGUCUACACCAUCGAAGCAACGCACAGAUGCACUGUUACGGCUUUGGGCAACUCUCACUCUGAAGACGGAAUCUAUAUUGCAACCGGGAAAAAUUAUGGCGAUGUAGCCAAUAAGGCACAUGCAAGUGCUCGCGAAAAGGCGAUAGCAGCUGCAUUUGCCAGUUUCGGGCACAUUUUUGGUCUGGGAAGCUACGAUCAAGAGAUUAUGGAUCACGUGAAUGCCCAAGACCUUCCUGCUCGUAUCCCCUUCGACCAAUUGAGAUAUUUCCACCAUCCUUUGUAUGAUUACAAUACCACGAGAAUACGGCCGACUAGCAAUAUGCCUGCUAUACCUUCACAACCUAUGGUCAAUCAACCUGGUAUUUCAAUUGCUGGGACACCUCAAGCACGUAUUGUUAUUGCUGGAUCACCUCCCCCUAUUCAUGCUAUUGCUGGAUCCUCUCACUCUAUGGUAACCGAAACAUCUCCUUCAACUGUGGAUGUUGGUGAAUCAUCCGGAUCUCAUUCUCAUGCUGCUGUAACCGGGAAAUCUCGUGUUAUUCCUGCUCCUGGAGGGUCUAAACGUAGUCGAGAAACGUAUUCUGGUGAAGUACUACAAGACAAGCUCACUGCUGCCAUGGCUACGGUGGAAUCCCAGGGUAAGAGCGUAUCAUCGUUCGUUUCCAGUACGAUUCUUACUUCACAAACAGUGACAGCAAGCAAAUCCUCAAUCACCAUGAAAAAUAAAACAGCAGCAGCAAGUACUUCGUCAAUCACCACGCGAAGUAAAUCAGCGACAGCAAGUGCAUCUUCCAGUACCAAGCCACGUAAAAGCAAAAAGAUUAAAGCGACCAAACCGAAUCAAUCCGUUCAAUCAGCUCCUGUGCCGGAUAUCAAUCCACCCAAAACAUCAAAGUCUCCACCACAAUCAGACGAUGAUUUUCAACCCAUGGAGAAAGUUUUAAGAAACCCAGAGACCAGAAAAGGUAUGAACCCGAUUCUGGUUGACUAUAUCCUUAACCGCAUUCAAAAAGAUACACAUCAACAAGGUGAAUCUAGCAAGAAACGUAGUUAG